GGACGCGCUGCCCUCUCGGUGCCGCUGCAGAGGAGUGACAGCCAGCCACACCGGGACGCUCUUUAGACAACCAGCUCAUCCUCCUGACAAUCAUCUUAGGUUCAACAAAUGCUCUUUUCCAUCGACCUACCAAACUGAGGAAAAGCUCACAUCCAGUGAAAUGUACCCUGGCACAAAAGAUAAAAAAAACAUAAAAAUCUAUUUUGAAUUAUCAUCGUUUUAAUUCAAUCGUAUAAUCUUUACAAAUACAAAGACUCAAUCAUGUCCAAGGACGAUGCUUGUAAAGUGACGUCUGCCAGCAAACACAAGGAGCGAAAGCCGAAGAAGCCUCACUACAUCCCCCGGCCAUGGGGCAAACCCUACAACUACAAGUGCUUCCAGUGCCCGUUCACCUGCAUGGAGAAGUCCCACCUGUACAACCACAUGAAGUACAGCCUGUGCAAGAACUCCCUUUCUCUGCUCAUAGAGUCAGACUGGCCGUAUAAAAAGGGCAACAUCCUGCACCCAGAGCAGCUACGACCCUUUCAGCAGGCACACAGCCUUCAAGCUCCCGGGAAAGAUGGACUAGAGCAGGUAACAGGGACUGAGGAGAGACAAAGGCAAAGACGGGCGGUGGAGGAGGAAGGUGAGGACAGGGAAAGCCAGGGAGCAGAAGAUGAAGAAGAGGGAGGACGAGGAGAGGGAGUAGAGGUCACUGGGCUGAUGAAGGAGAGCGGCGGUAACAAUAGAGGAGACACAGCAGAGUGCGUUACCAAGAAAAUCAAACAGCCGGAGUCUGAGUUACUCAUGGCUGACAUGCUAUCCUUAGAAGAUCAGCUUUUACGAGCACGCUCAGUAGAAGUAGAAGCUCAGCUGAAACACUACAAACUAUCCAAGACGUGUCUAACAGCUCCAGGCCUGCUAUCGGAGCAGUGGCGGCUGUUGGCGUCCAGCCACACUAAGUCCAAAACUGAAGCUGCUCAGCCGAGAGUGAGUAGUUCAAUCCCAUGUUACCCUCCUCCACCAAACCUGGUAGAUUACCAGGAUCCCACCGGACUCAACCUGUCAAUGCUCGGGGUGGGCUACCCCAUCAGCCCCAGCCUCUUCUCCUACAUGAACUCAGCCAUUCCCGCUGCCACAGGUGUCACUGCCCAGACCCACGCACAGCUCGCCCAGCUUCCCUUUUUGGCGUCGGCUGCUCAGCUAAUGCACCCAGCCUCCAACACCCACACAGAAAGAGCUCUUAUCCCCCCUCGUCUCUACUACCCCUUCCUGUGUGAGCACACAUUCAGCCCGGCCUCGAGUCACAGUGACACCAGCAAAGUGCUCAAGACGUCCCAAAACAGUCUAGAAGCGAAUCCCCUGUCUGGCUUCCAGCCUAAAGUGAAUCUGUGGAAAGUGCCUGCUUUGCGGCCAGGGACCACCACAGUCUCCCCUGCUGGCUGGGUGUCACCUCAGAGAGAGUCCCCUGACCAGGGCUACAGGUUGGGGGAUAAACUGCAGACUACAGCCAAGGAGGGCAAAGCAAGCUGGAGCCUCAAGAGGACAGGGGCCCCAGUGGGGAACCAUGAGGCACCUGUGGAGAAGAAGCCCGCCAUGGGUUUCACUUUAGACCUUCUGAAGAAUAUUCAGACUGCAUCAACUCUUAAUAUGGCAGCAGACAAACUUCUCUUCCAUGGCAGUUUACAGGAUGCCCAGCUUCAGACCCGGCCCACUGAACUGUGGUACAACGAUCAUCUGACAAGUCCCAACAGUGAAACAUCCUCUCUUUCUACCGGUGGUGGAUCCAAUAGCCAGGAAUCGACCGCUGCCCGGACAGUGGGGGAGGGAGCUUCAGAAUCAGUGGCUGCCCUCCUCAGUGACCUCUCCAAGGCCUUGCAGGAGUACCAGGAGGCUGAGCGUAAAAUCUCCCACCUGGAGAAGGAGGACCUUCCCGCCCAGCGCCACCUCUGGGAACACCUGAGCAAAAUCCGCAGCGAGCUCUCCCACAUCCACCAGGCACUGGAGCGGACGGCUCGCCAGAGUGACGGGCCUCUUGACCUGUCAGUGAAAAGGGGCCCGUCAGACUCGGUAGGUGACCACAGCAUGAGAGAGGAUGGAAGCCUUAAAGACAACACGACAGAGACGGAGGAGGACGACGAGGAGCUGGAGGAUAAAAAAGAGGAAGAAGAGAACGAGAGCGAGAGGAAGGCGAUGAAGGCGUCGUUGGAGAGUCGUAAGCAGUCACUGGACAUGCUGAUCAAAAUGAGUCAGGCGUCGGUGGGAAACACAGAGGUUCUCUCUCCUGGUGGUCUUGGCAUGAGGCCCAGUUCUGCUGAGGCCUUGUGGCCGAGCAGAACCACCAAGUGUGAGGCGGACUCCAGCGUCCUGCUCUGCCCCGACGGCCGAUCAGUGGUGUUCACCGACAUCCCCUCUUCUGCCAAAACCCCAAAGAGACCUCCGUCCAUACAGCGACUAGAGGCUCAGUGUCCUCCGAGCCCUUUGACAGCCACUGACAAUUAAACUUGUGUUUUUCUGACUAAUAUAACUCAUACAGUUGUUCAAAUGCAGUUGUCUUCAUCAUUACUGGCAUGUCUUUGAUUUUCACUGGCUGGAGAGGACCGUCACUCUUAUUCUCAGUUUAACUUCACAAAAACCUCAAAUAUUUUGCACCUUAUGAGACAAACAGAGAAUGAAUGACGAUAUUUGAAAGAAAUUUCUUAAAAUGCACUACGGACAUUGAUUGUUACAAUAAGAUUUUCAUCUCUAAAAAUUAUUUUAAAAUGUAACAUCAACACUUAGUAAUAGUAAUUUGCAUCAGAAUCAUUUGAACAAUUAAGUCCUUUAAAAUCAUGUUGAGAGACAAUCCUUUGAAUGGAUUUGUAAAUAUUGUAAUUACAAUAAAUGUAAGUAAAAUGUUUUAACAGGUAAAUGGUUUUAUAUGGAUGAUGUUAUGUUGGACUGCAUCAUUUCACUUGAUGCCAAGUAUU